AUGCGGAUCGUCAUCUCCGAGACGGCGGACAAGGUGGCGGACUACACGUCUAAUUACGUGAUCAAGUCCAUCAACGAUUUCAAGCCAACGGUAGACCGGCCGUUUGUGCUUGGGCUGCCGACGGGCGAGACGCCGAUGCGCACGUACCAGAAACUGAUCGUUGCGUACCGCGAGGGCCGCGUGUCGUUCAAGAACGUGAUCACGUUCAACAUGGACGAGUAUGUGGGGCUGCCAGCGGACCACCCGGAGAGUUACCACUACUUCAUGAAGCACAACUUCUUCGACUACGUAGACAUCCCCGAGCAGAACCGGCACAUCCUGAACGGAAACGCGCCGGAUCUGAUCGAGGAGUGCCGUCAGUACGAGGAGAAGAUCCGGGCUGUUGGCGGCAUCCACCUGUUCCUCGCCGGGAUCGGGACGGACGGACACCUUGCGUUCAACGAGCCCGGGAGCAGCCUGUACAGCCGCACGCGCGUCAAGAGCCUGAACGCGGAGACGAGGGAGAGCAACGCGCGGUUCUUUGACAACGACGUGUCGCGUGUGCCGACGAUGGCGCUAACGGUUGGGCUGCGCACAAUCAUGGAGGCCAAGGUUGUGCUGAUGAUUGCCACUGGUGCCGGCAAGGCUCUCGCGGUCGCGCGGUGCGUGGAGGGCGGGAUCACACACAUGUGCACUGCAACGAUGCUCCAGAUGCACCCCGCCGCGGUGCUGUGCCUGGACGAGGACGCGACGCUGGAGCUGAAGGUGCGGACGACGCGCUACUUCAAGUUGCUGCUGAACACGGAGAAAGCGCUGGAGGAGCGCCAGAGCAACAUGAAUCGUACCUAUUCGAAGCUGUAG